AUGAGUACUGAUUACGCCUACGACGAGGAGGGCCACCUCUGGCCCUUCUUCGUGUUUACCCUUACGUCCAUCGUCACCGUACCCAUCACGUACUCGCUAAUAAAAUCGUCGCGGAACGACCCAGCCGCCGCUCUCAAGCGCAUCCAGACAGACUACAAGCACGACCAGUCGGCGGUAGUCGACACGUUACGCAAGUCGGAGAAGCGCAAGGACGGUAGCAAGCCAUGGCUAAUCGCCCUCGUCAUCGCCGGGUGGGCUGUCAUGGGCUACAUGAUCUACCUCAUCAAGACCACCGACGCCCCGGUACAACACCUCUGGAACCCGUAUGACAUCUUGGGCAUCGCCGAGAGCGCCACCGAGAAGCAAAUCAAGAAGACGUACAAGAUGCUCUCCCUCAAGUUCCAUCCCGACAAGGCCCGCCCCGACGCCUCCAAGAACGAGACCAUUGACGAUCUGAACCGCCGCUACGUUGAGAUCUCCAAGGCAUACCAGGCUCUGACGGAUGAGGACGUGCGCAACAACUUUAUCCAGUUCGGCAACCCCGAUGGAAAGCAAGGUUUCAGCAUCAACAUUGCCCUUCCCAAGGCCAUUGUCUCCGAUGGCAAUGGCAAGUACAUUGUUCUGAUCUACUUCGCCCUGUUUGGUGUCCUCCUCCCUUAUCUGGUCGGCUCCUGGUGGUACGGCACACUUCGACGCUCCAAGGAGGGUGUUCUUAUGGAGAGCGCCAACCGUUUGUUCAAGGAGUAUCAGGACAACAUUGACGAGGGUGGUGUAGUGGCGGCUCUCAGCAGUGGCCAGGAAUUUGAAGACCUGUUCAAGGGCGACAAGGCAGACGCCGGCCUCUCCAAGAUCGAGUCCAAGGUUAUGGCUUCCGACGAACUUCCACCCAAAGAGAAGAAGAAGCUCGAGGACGUUGAGAGCGGCCCCCGGAGAAAGGCGCUCGCCCUUCUCUGGGCUUACCUUGGGCGCAUUGAGCUCGGUGAUGCUACUCUCGAGAAGGCCAAGUUCCAGGUCGCUCCUGUUGCCCAUGCUCUGAACAAGUCUUUCAAUGCCAUCGCCCUCGCCUACAUGAACACUGCUCCCCUCCUCGCCUCCUACUUUGCCAGCCAGCGCCUCAUCCAGGCCAUCCCGCCCAAGGCUUCUCCUCUGUACCAGCUUCCACACUUCAACUCGGCCGUUGUUCGGGCUGUCGAGGGCGACUCCCGUGUCCACACCACUGUCCAGGCCUUCAUGGACCAGCCUGACGCUAAGCGCCGCAGCCUUGUUGUUGGAAAGGGCCUCUUGACCGAUGCUCAGUACAAGGAAACCAUCGCCUAUGCCAAGCAGCUCCCCUACCUCCGUGUCGCCAAGGCCUUUUUCAAGGUCACUGGCGAGAAGUUCAUCAUUCCCUCUUCCCUCGUCACCCUCGUUGUCAAGGGCCGCUUCGUUCCUCCCGGUAGCGAGAAGGUACCUGACGUCACCCCCAUUGAUCUCGAGGACAUUGACCCCGCCGAAGACGAUCUUGACGCCAUCCUCGGCCGCAAGAAGACCAAGAAGGUCGUCGGCAAGGACGAAAAGGGCAAGCCCAUCUACGAGGAGUCCGCCGAAAGCGAGGACGUUUACCCACCGCUUGCUUCCUCCCCUUACUUUGCCCGCGACCACAGCCCCAGAUGGCACGUCUUCCUUACGGAUUCCAAGCAGGGACGCGUGGCCGUGCCGCCUUUCACCUUUGUCAGCUUUGACAGGCCCAUUUACGAGUCGGACGGCAAGACGCCGACGUUCGCCAUGCAAACCAUGAAGGCGCAGUUCCAGGCGCCGCCACAGGCCGGCCAUUACACGUUCGUCAUGCACGUGGUGUGCGACAGCUAUGUCGGGUUCGACACCAAGAUGGAGGUGACGCUCGUGGUGGAGGACGCGAGCCGGGCGGCCGAGAUGAAGGAUGAGGAGGAGAUUAGCGAGCCUGAGGAGGAUUCUAUCGCCGGCAUCAUGAACGCAGCAAAGGGUGCGCCGACAAAGCAGAGGGUUGUCAAGGACGAGGAAGACUCGGAUGAGGAAAGUGGGACAGAUGAUGAUGAGGACGAUGACACGAGCGACACUAACACGGAUACGGAGCCUGAAAACUAAGUUUGGCUUUCUUUCGGUUUUUUUCGCUUAGUCGUUCUUUAUAUUUUGUAAACUUUCUUUUCAACAUCAUUAAGAAUGGGUGUAUGGGUCGGUUGGUAAGGAUAGGGUGGGGUGUGUAGUCUCCUUAAAAAGUGAUGGAGCGGCUUUUACAGCGAAAGACAAAAUCUCAUGAUAGUUUGGACAGUCUGUCUGGUUAUUACAACUUGAAGUCUGGCAGGCUGUUUAGACUUUUACAUGUGUGUACAUAAUUAUCUUGUCGCGG